CUCGCUCUGUAUUUGGGAGGGUUUACCAUGCAUAACUUCUGCCGGAGCUGGAUGGCAGGCGGUUUCUGUGGUACGCGCUAGAGCGCCGUCCACGCGACCUGGAGACGCUGCAAAAUUGAGUUUCUUUAUGGGCGGCGUGCGCUCCGUCGCGGAGAGAGGAGAUGCAGGGAAAAGCCGGCAAAAGAGGGAAGCGUCGUUCGCGACCACAGCGCGAUGGCCUACAAGCUCGAGAACUCGCAGGUGGGCGGCUGAAAUACAGGAGGUGCUUUGGCAAAGAGGUGAGGUUGGACGUAUUUGGCUCCGAGUUUAAAAGGGACAAUGCAAUGAGGAUCCUCGUUUUCGCUGUAGUCAGCAUGUGGGUUUGCUCAAGUCGCGGCCCGCGCUUGGAAUGUCGGGCUGCGGAGCUAUAAUAAUCCGAGCCUCAGCGGGGCAUUUCUUGGAGCUCGUCAC